AUUCUCUCUCUCUCUCCAUCGUCCUAUAAAUGGAGAUGCGAUUUCCUUUCCAAGUUUUUUCUCUACAACGAAAGAAACGACCAAAGUUCUCAGUUUCACAGAAACGCCUCCUCAACAUCUCUCUUCCUCGUUUCUUCUGUUGUUGUUUCUGAGAUUUCGUGUGAAGCUCAAGAAGGAGAAUCGAAAAGCUUGACCCUUUACUAUGCCCCCACUAAUGGUGAGAAUUUUCCUUCUGUACAAUCUCUUCAACUCACGCCUCCUCUGUCUGAUCCCCAUCAAACUCAGAAGGCUUUUCCACGACGCCAACAAUCCCAACAAGAUUCCUCCGCCAUCUCCGUCGAGAAUAGACCCGGCGGAGCUGAAACGCGUCUUCCAGAUGUUCGACAAGAACGGAGACGGCCGAAUCACCAAAGAAGAACUCAGCGACUAUCUAGAGAGCCUCGGCCUCUUCAUACCCGACAAAGAUCUGACACAGAUGAUCUGCAAGAUCGAUGAAAACGGAGAUGGGUGUGUCGACAUGGAUGAGUUUGAGUCGUUGUACAUGUCGAUAAUGGACGAGAACGAUGAAGAAGACGAUGGCAUGAAGGACGCGUUCAACGUGUUUGACCAGGACGGAGAUGGGUUUAUCACAGUGGAGGAGCUGAAGUCUGUGAUGGGUGGUUCCUUGGAGCUCAAGCAAGGUAAAACCCUAGAGGAUUGCAAGAAGAUGAUCAUCCAGGUAGAUGUGGAUGGUGAUGGUAGGGUUAACUACAAGGAGUUUCUGCAUAUGAUGAAAGGUAGCGGCUUUGGCAAGUUCAAGGCUUGAGACCCGAUGUUUCUGUUUUUUUUUCCAAUCGAUUUGUUCCUUUUCUGUAAAUAGCUUCUGAUGGGUCAGAUAAUGUGCCUGCAAAAGCUUGCACAGUGCAUAUGACCUGCAACAUAUUCACCUUCUCAUGCUGUUUUUA